AUGGCUGAAGAUGAAGAAGUCUGCAAAAAAGUCAUUUUUCUCAAUAAUAAGAUUCUAAUGCUUGAGAAUAACAUUAAGAAAAUGAGAUUUACCAUCACAACUGCAGGAGAUAUUGGAAAAUUGAUAAUUAAUAUUGCAGAAAUUAAUCAACAAUUUCUUUACGACUUUUUAAAUUCUAACUCUAAAAUACAAUUUGAUGAUUUGAUUAUAUCCAAUGAGUUUUAUCAACCAUGUGAAAAGGAAACUGAGGACUACUUUAAAGAUCCACUUAUUAAGAUUGAUGUUGCAGUUCUCGAUGGUAGCCAUUCCUUGUGGCCACACAUUAUUACAUAUUUAGAACUUAAAAUUGACUUAUCGAGAGAUGAUGCAUAUCAUGAGGUUCUUAGACAACUUAAUGAGAGAUUUUCAGGGAUUUUUGAUCAAUAA